UCCCGGCGCCCGCACGGUGGAGGCCGCGGGGCCGGGUCGCCGGCGGAGGCUCCCGUCCCGUCCCGUCCCGUCCCGUCCCGUCCCGUCCCGUCCCGUCCCGUCCCGUCGCCAUCGCCAUCGCCAUGGCAACGGCCGCAGGUCGCCUGGUGCCGCGACCUGGCGGGGCCGCCGUCGUUCCCCAGCCUCCCCGGCAGUCCCUCGCCGCGGUCCGGCGGCACUGAGGCCUCCGCGGCGACGGCGCGGGGAGCCCGCGGCGGCGAUGCAGCCGGUUUGGAAGCUUCGGGAAGGGCUCGAUGCUGCCGGCGACCGGCGGCGGCGAGGAGCCGUGGGCUGGUGAGCCCUGAGUCGGUCCGGUGACAGUUACAGCGGUAGGUGAUGGGCUGGAGAAAUCAACAAAUGAAUCCCUGAACCUUCCAGGUCAACCAGCGCAGCUGCGUGUCUUCAGGAUUGGGCUAAUUGUUUAGGAUGAAUAUUUCUCACAGUUGAUGGUGAAAGAGUGUGAGUUUGUGGUAUUACUCCAAUGAACUGGUUGAAUGAAUAUUCAGUUCCCUGGGUAAUCACAAACUGACUGGGCCAGGAGGACUUGCCAGGUAGCAUGUGUGUUCCACAGCAGUCAAGAUGAUGGGCAGCACUGCAGUCGCUUACUGGUAUUACAAAUACAGAGAUAUAACGCAAUAUCAGAUAGCUAAUGUCCUUUUCUUUAUUCUUGUGUUUUUCAGACCUAGUGGGUCACGUGCCAGCAUUUUGAAGGCCAUGGUCGUUUAGGCGGGUAAAUGGGUUGAAAUGCUUCUUUAGAAGCACUGGAUGUGCAUUCCACAAGAUGGUGACAGUGGCAGGCACCCAACGUACAGACCUUGGAACAGGGAACGUGAUGUCUAAAAGGAUUGUGUGUGCCCUCUUGCUCAGAGCACUUUGAAAUCAGCUCCUGGCUUGUGGGGAGCAUCUGUAUAUAAAUGGGUGGUGUAUAAGCCAUCUAAUAUGAAUUCCUGUCUCUGAUGUUGCUACUCAUAUUGAAAAAACAUUUCAUCUUUGUAAAUUGUUUAGAUGGCGUUUUCACUUGCCAGACUUUAAAGGAUUAAAUAGUAUGUAACUGUAGGGGAAAAAACAAUCCAGGUACAUAUGUGUUUUGUUUUAAAAUAAUUUGUGUACUUGGUCAAAAUAAUCUGUCAGGUUGCUUUUAGCAGUCCAUGUUGUUUCUGUGUAUCACACAUCCUUCAGGUAUCACUCACUUUUCUUUGGUUUUAUUUUCCUCUCUCUCUUUGUUGUUUUUUUUUUCCCCUGACAAGAUAUUUUUUUAAAAAAUUAUUAAACGGUUUUUAUCUCACCCCACAAGUUUCUUUUUUUUUUUUUUUUUUUUAACCCUUUUGAUUCUCCCCACCAUCCCACCGGGGACAGGGGGAGAGUGAGCGAGUGGCUGUGUGGUGCUUAGUUGCUGGCUGAGAUAACUGAAAUAACUAUUUAUCAUGGUUUAUCUGUUGUUUUCUGUCACAGGGAAAGGCAGAGCGGAAUAAUCAGAAUUUGUACUGCUACUGCAUGUAUUUUGCUGGGAUUUUUAUUUCUUUUUUUCUUAGACUCUCUUCUGUCCCCACCACUACUCUCCAAGUGAUGUGUAUUUUAUUAGUGUGAGUGUAGACCUUUCACUGUUUGAAUACCAUUGCACAGCGAAUGGGGAAAUCAAACAUGUCAGCUCUAACGUAGCACUUGAGGAGUCCGUGUCUCAAUGUCCUUCCCAUUUUUUUUUCUGUUUUAAUUUGUAAGCAUACAGAAAGGAGAAACUGCCACUUCUUUAGGUCUCUGAGACUUGAGUAGAAAACCGUACAACAUCUGUCACAUCUGGCAUUUGUUGCUUUUCUCCUUCAAAUUUUAUGGGCUUUCCUCAGACGUAAGAUACCAGGUGCUGUUUGAAUGAUCCACUAUGGUGAAAAAAGCUGUGGCUCUGCUCAUGUUCGUUCUUUUCUUUUUUGAUGUAGGGAAGGAGAACUGAGGUAUACUACAGUAAGAAAAACAGUAUGAUGGAUUCAGAAAGUUCUGCCCCAAAGAAUUCAAAGGAAUAUCUAAGGAAUGAUGUAACAGCUACCUCUGGUAAACAUUAUCUUUGUGGCUACUGUGCGGCCUUCACAAAUAUAGCAGUCACAUUUCCCAUCCAGAAGGUCCUCUUUCGACAGCAGUUGUAUGGUUUAAAAACAAAGGAUGCAGUACAUCAGCUGCAGAAGGACGGACUUCGAAACCUCUAUCGUGGCAUCCUUCCUCCGUUAAUGCAGAAAACGACAACGCUGGCUUUAAUGUUUGGCUUGUACGAAGAUUUCUCCUCCCUGCUCCAUAUCCAUGUGAGUGCUCCUGAGCUUCUCACUCGCAGCAUGGCAGCGGUGCUUGCAGGGACCACGGAAGCUCUUCUUACACCUUUUGAGCGGGUUCAGACUUUGCUUCAGGACUACAAACACCAUGAUAAAUUUACAAACACUUACCAGGCUUUCAAGGUACUGAAAGUCUAUGGGAUGAGAGAAUAUUAUCGGGGAUUGGUGCCUAUUCUGCUCCGAAAUGGACCCAGUAAUGCACUCUUCUUUGGCCUGCGGGGACCUAUCAAACAGUGUCUGCCUGAAGCAACUUCUUACAGCACUCAUUUGGUCAAUGACUUUAUCUGUGGAGGGCUGUUGGGCGCCAUGCUGGGAUUCUUGUUUUUCCCAGUGAAUGUUGUAAAAACUCGCAUGCAAGCUCAAAUUGGUGGUGAAUUUCAGUCCUUCUCAAAAGUCUUCGUGAAGAUCUGGCUGGAACGUGAUAGAAAACUGAACCACCUUUUCAGAGGAGCCCAUCUGAAUUACCAUCGUUCUGUCCUGUCCUGGGGAAUAAUCAAUGCAACCUAUGAAUUCUUGCUAAAGCUGUUGUGAAAACCACUGUCUUCCUUCGGCUCUUCUGUUCAUUUGGGUAUUGGUACAUAUGACGUCACUUAGUCCCAGGGAACAGUGCCUGCAUAGUGUGAAAGGUAAUUAGUCUUGGCCUUCAAUAUUUAUGGAGUGAAUGGUGAUGCAUCUAAACCUUGGUGCAAUUAAGAUGAACUUUUUAAAGUAUUUAUUUGCUGGCAGGUGAGUUUACCCAUAAUGGAGCUACUAGACAAAUACAAGGUUUAAAAAAAAAGACUUACGUUAGUCCAGCAGCUUAUUUUGUAUCACUCCCAAAAUUUCUUAACGCUCCAUGAUGGAAUGUGCUCCACUGCCCACGUAGAACAUCAAAAUCAAGGAGGGGCUGAUGAAAACUUAUUGCUUUGCCUGAUAAACUACAAAAUCUCGAUUUAAGAGCUGCAUUUUCAAACGUUUUAGGAUCGUAAGUAGCCCAUUGUUUAAAGAUAACAGGGCAGAUCCAGAUGAGGAUCACUGAAGUUAAGAACUUCAAGCUUAAGCUAAGCCUGCGCAAACUUUUCUGCCAGCCAUUUUGAUGCUUGGCUUUUAGAUGAACAUUUCAUUCAGCAGCGUAAGAGUGGCUACUUGAUGUUUAACUUCGGUGUAAGCUGACUCCAGUUCAAAGUGGGAUCUCUGUGUUUAUGUACAUGUGUGCCUUCAUGUGAAAAAGGGAAAAGUGGAAGGAAUGAAACAGCAAAUUUACUAAAGCUUUAAAGUGCCCUUCCUGGUUAAAAAACCUUCUAUUCAUAAACAUGGAGUUUGUUCUGCCUUUUUUUUUUGUUGUUGUUGUUGCAUUGCUGCUUUUUCUGUUGCUUACAGCUGUGGGGCCAGAAAGAAGAUGGCCCUUUCUGUGACGCUCAUGAAAUGGUUCAGCUUCCCACAGUUGUGAAAGUAGCUCACAGACACAGCGCUCUUGUACUGAGAUUUCUUGUCUUUUGCAAAUUACUUCUGUUUCAUUUGGGCUGUGGAAUAAUGGAUCACAACAAGAUAUUUUUUCCUGAAACCUGGAGUUCUGCCCAGUUGAUGGCUACUCUUUAACAGUUCUGUAAGACGGGAUUGUACAGCAGCACUGACGAGAUGAGGUUUCUGGGUAUUACCCGUUUCAGUGGAAGUCUGUAAGUGUAGCAGAGAUGACAGCCAAAGAUGACCUUAGAAGCAGCUAGGUAGGAAAGAUACAGCAUUUGGAGAUGUGUUUAAGGACUUCUGUAGGUGAGUACUGAAAAAGACUUACAGAAACAUGAAGUACUGUGUGUCUUACAGACUUGGGAGUGGAGAGAUAUGACUUCAGGCCCUAGAGAAAGGGCCAGAAGAGCAAGCAUGACCAUAAACCAGGUGAGGGUCUUAAAAAAAACAUUUGAUUCUCCUGGGGGACUUUAUGUUGUGAAACUCUAUAUAAAACAAAAUAUUUUGGAUGAUGGAGGGCAGGAAAGCUUUUAGAAACUGCUCUGAAUUGGUCUUUUCUUAAGUUUUGGAGUGGCUAUUACUGUUCUAAUUUGAGUUUUACAUUUGCUAAACUGUCCCCAAAUAUUGAUUCUAAUCAGUGUGUUAUAAUCAUAAUAUAGUCCCUAGCUUCUCAGUCAAAAAUGGCCAGGCGCAAGUGAGCAUUCUUGUACCCGAAUGUUGUGAUUAUCUGCAUUUGAAUAAAAUGUUUACUGAAUGUUUGUUACUGUCAGAAUCUGAUUUUUACCAGUGUACUUUUUUUGUAAUCACUCCUUGAUGGAAUAAAAAAAAUUUGC